GGUCACAGUUGAUGAUGAUGUAAAUAGAGAAGCUUCCGUCUCUUCAUUAUUUAACGCUGUGAUCAGAGCUGCACAGAGACGCAUUCACGGUCACUCUGAACAUGCCGGGGCUGCUGCUCGGAGAUGCGUUUCCUAACUUCGAAGCGGAGACGACAAUUGGAAAAAUGAAACUCCAUGAAUUUCUCGGUGAUUCAUGGGGGGUCCUGUUCUCCCACCCCAGAGACUACACCCCGGUGUGCACCACAGAACUGGGGCGCGCUGCCAGACUGAGCACUGAGUUCAGUAAACGCAACGUCAAAAUGAUCGCCCUGUCCAUCGACUGCCUGGAGGAUCACCACAGCUGGAGCAAGGACAUCCUGGCAUACAACUGUGAGGACUCGGCCUGCCGCUCGCUGCCCUUCCCCAUCAUAGCGGACAGUAAACGGGAGCUGGCAGUAGCUCUGGGCAUGCUGGACCCAGAUGAGAAGGAUAAAGAUGGCCUGCCGCUCACUGCACGCUGUGUGUUCAUCAUCGGCCCUGACAAAAGGCUGAAACUAUCCAUACUCUACCCGGCAACAACCGGACGCAACUUUGACGAGAUUUUGAGAGCAGUGGAUUCUCUCCAGGCCACAGCAGGGAAACGAGUGUCCACACCUGCAGACUGGAAGCCUGGAGACUGUGUGAUGGUUCCCGCCAGCAUGCCUGAGGAAGAGGCAGCCGCUUUGUUCCCAGCCGGUGUCUACACCAAAGACCUGCCCUCUGGCAAGAAGUACCUGCGCUACACCCCGCAGCAGUGAGCACGACGGAGACACACCCGACAGUCACUCAUUUAUGUCACAGUCAGUCCAGCAGCUCUCAAUCUGGGACAGGACUACAUCGAGUGCUGCUAGUCUGUGUAUGCGGUAGACAAAACGCCUUAAGAAAUGUGUACGAUUCUUUUUUAAAUAAAGUGUUUUUAAAGUAUG